CCCCCACCUUCCAACGUUCUGAUACCAAACCAAGGCGCAGCAGCUGGUUCUCGCCUCCGCCAUCAUUCUCCGUCGGGGACAAAUACAGAGAGCAUUGUGCCUCUCCCAGCGUCCGGCAUCCUUGAGACAACUUUUUCCUUUUCAUUCUGUUGUUCUCAUCCACAUAUCGUAAUUCAAAAUGCCGCCGUCAGCGUCCAAGGAGAAGCGCCUCGCCAAGCGCGCUGCCGAGGGAAAGAAGACUGCCGCCUCGCGGUCCAAGGCCAACUCCAAGAAUGCUAGUGCCGCGGGAUCCGUGGACGGGGAUGCUACUCCCCCCGUCCAGGUCGACGCCAACGGAAACCCGAUCGAGUCCGAUGAGCCCGCCACCUCGGCCGACAAGAUGGACGAGGUCAAUCGUCUGGCGGAGCAGAUGGACAAGCAUGGCCUGUCCGACCGCGUCACUACCGGCGUCCUGGCAUCAACUCAAGCCAGUAAGGACGUUAAGGUCACCAGCGUAAGCUUGGUGUUCCACGGCCGUGUCCUGAUCACAGAUUCCACCCUCGAGCUCACGUUGGGUCGCCGAUACGGCUUGUUGGGCGAGAACGGCUGCGGCAAGAGUACGCUCCUGAAGGCUAUCGCUGCUCGCGAAUACCCCAUUCCCGAACACGUCGACAUUUACCUCCUUAACGAGGGUGCUCCCCCAACCGACAUGGGCGCUCUGGAGUGGGUUGUCAAGGAGGCCGAGCUCGAGAUGGAGCGUCUCGACAAGUUGGCCGAGAAGUUGCUUGAGGAGGAGGGUCCCGAGUCCCCCGUCCUGAUGGAUCUUUACGAUCACAUAGAUUCUAUGGAUCCUUCGACCUUCGCCACCCGCGCUGCCCUGAUUCUGACUGGUCUCGGGUUCAACAAAGAAACCAUCAACAAGAAGACCAAGGACAUGUCUGGUGGUUGGAGGAUGCGUGUCGCCCUAGGCAAGGCACUCUUUGUCAAGCCGACUCUCCUGCUUCUCGACGACCCAACCGCCCAUUUGGAUCUUGAGGCCUGUGUGUGGUUAGAGGAGUACCUCAAGAAGUGGAACCGCACCCUUGUGUUGGUGUCUCACUCGCAGGACUUCCUCAAUGGCGUCUGCACGAACAUGAUUGACAUGAGGCAAAAGAAGCUUACCUACUACGGCGGCAACUACGACUCGUACGUCAAAACCAGACAUGAGCAGGAGACGAACCAGAUGAAGGCCUAUCACAAACAGCAAGAAGAAAUUGCGCACAUCAAGAAGUUCAUCGCCAGCGCGGGUACAUACGCGAACCUGGUCAGGCAGGCUAAAUCUCGCCAAAAGAUUCUUGACAAGAUGGAGGCCGAAGGUUUCAUUCAGCCCGUCGUUCCUGACAGGGUUUUUACUUUCCGCUUUGCGGAUGUCGAGAAGCUGCCGCCUCCUGUGCUGUCGUUUGACUCGGUCACUUUCUCCUAUUCGGGCGAUCCCAAGGAUGACUUGUACCGCAACAUCGACCUUGGUUUCGACAUGGACUCGCGUACAGCGCUGGUCGGCCCGAACGGCGUCGGCAAGUCUACGCUUUUGCGCCUGAUGACGGGCAAGCUGUCUCCCACCUCGGGUACUGUGACUAGGCACACCCACUUGAAGCUCGGUCUGUACUCGCAACACUCGGCUGAGCAAUUGGAUCUCACCAAAUCCGCCCUCGACUUUGUGCGAGAGAAGUACAAGGACAAGUCGCAGGAUGUCCAGUACUGGAGACAGCAGCUCGGACGCUACGGCCUGACAGGAGAUGCUCAGACAUCUCUUAUCGGCACCCUGUCUGCCGGUCAGAGAAGCCGUAUUGUUUUCGCCCUGCUGGCCAUCGAGGGGCCCAACAUGUUGCUCCUGGACGAGCCCACCAACGGUCUGGAUAUUCCCACAAUCGACAGCUUGGCAGAUGCCAUCAACGCCUUCAGCGGUGGUGUCAUUGUUGUCAGUCACGACUUUAGGUUAUUGGACAAGAUCGCCAAGCAGAUCCUCGUGUGCGAGAAUCGGACUAUCAGGGAAUGGGACGGCACCAUUGCCGAGUACAAGAACUACCUGAGGAAGAAGAUGAUCUCCUCAGGCGCUGUUUGAACCGGCUAACGAGGGAGACCUGCGCUUACAAGAGGACGAAAAAA